UGGGGUUAAAGGGAGACUGGAGGUUUGAUUUAGGACGACUAAAAGAGAGAGACGGCCGGUUUUGCACCUAGCAUCAUCAUGGCGUGGCCGUGCAUCACAAGGGCCUGCUGCAUUGCCCGCUUCUGGAACCAGCUGGACAAGGCGGACAUUGCAGUGCCGUUGGUUUUCACCAAGUACUCGGAGGCCACCGAGCAUCCAGGAGCCCCGCCGCAGCCGCUAGCGCCGCUGCAGUCAGCGAUAGCGCCCCCGCCGCGCGCUGUCGCCAUAGAGACGCAGCCGGCCCAGGGCGAGUCGGAUGUAGUUGCCCGGGCAACAGGGCCAGCGCCCGGGCCCAGCGGCGACCGCGAGACUGCAACCGCCCCCGGCCGGAGCGGGCUGGGUCUGGGCGCGGCCUCUGGCUCCACUUCCGGCUCAGGCCCCGCGGAUUCGGUGAUGCGACAGGACUACCGCGCUUGGAAGGUGCAGCGGCCAGAACCCAGCUGCCGGCCGCGCAGCGAGUACCAGCCCUCCGACGCGCCUUUCGAGCGCGAGACCCAGUACCAGAAGGACUUUCGCGCCUGGCCACUGCCCCGCCGCGGAGACCACCCCUGGAUCCCCAAGCCGGUGCAGAUCCCUUCGACCUCGCAACCUUCCCAGUCUAUUCUUGGGGUACCCAAGCGUCGGCCGCAGAGUCAAGAGCGCGGGGCCAUGCAGACCUCUGCCGAAGCCCGGGACCCGGAAGGCGCUGGAGGAGCCGGGGUGCCGGCGGCGGGAAAGGCGUCCGGUAUAGACCAGCGCGACACACGCAGAAAGGCUGGGCCCGCGUGGAUGGUGACUCGCAACGAAGGGCAUGAGGAGUCGCCUCUGCCCCCGGCCCAGUCCCUGACCCAGGAGGGCGGCCCUGCAGCUGGAAAGGCCUCUGGUGCAGACCCCCGCGAUACACGCAGGAGGGCCGGGCCCUCGUGGAUGGUGACUCGCACCGAAGGGCAUGAGGAGUCGCCUCUGCCCCCGGCCCAGUCCCUGACCCAGGAGGGCGGCCCUGCAGCUGGAAAGGCCUCUGGUGCAGACCCCCGCGAUACACAGCAGUCUUCCCCACAGCAGAACCUCACCUGUAGUAGGCAUGCCCUGCUCCAUGUUUCCAAUUACACAAAUACUGGAUGGCCAGACAGAGUAGGGGACACUGUUGAUGCCUGUGAGAAUGACGGCUUUUACCAGCUACCGGAAGUCUAG